UAACAGUGCUUCUGUUAAUGUUAACCUCCUCAAAGAAUUGUUGUCAGGAGUUAGUGUGGCCAGCAUGUGUGACACCAUGUCAGGGUCAAUGUGCAGAGAUUCAGAGAUUUCAAAGCGCUACCAGGGCGCUCAUCUGGAAUGCCAUGGGACACAACAGAGGUUGUACAGCUGCAUGGUGAUACUGGAGAUGUCUGGACCUGUCGAUGGUUGCUCCCUGAAUGAACUCCUGCAGCAGCUCAUCGACAGCAACCCUGGCAUAACAAACGAAAGGCCACUUACACGCAUGGUGGUUUGUGGUCCUCCUGGUUUGCCUGUUCAUACUCUGCUGACAUCCAACCUGACCUGGGUUGCCAGUGACCUGCUGACCUCUGACGUGUGCCAAGCUGACCCCUCUCUCCUUCCAUGUGAGGCAAAUGAGAUGCUUGCUGUACUUCUGACUGACAGCUGCCCUCCCACAACCCAGCCUUCCACUGUGACCAGCAGCAGCAUCCCUACGACUCCUGGAGCCUCGCCACCAUCUGCGACCACCACUGCGGUACAAACUUACACCACGGCUGAAACCACUGCAGCACUUCAGCAGACAACUGCAUCACAAGGAACGACCCAGCAGACGACCCAGCUGACGACAAUUAACGGCGCACAGUCCUCAGCAGCGCCACCUGUCCUCCACACCAGCUCACAACACAUGACUGUGACUCUCUCUGGCAGCACCACAGCACAGAACACAGCUUUGUCCAAUUACACAACAUUGCCGACGCCCGUCAAAAGUACAAACCUGCCAAACAGGACCACAGCGCAACAAAGCACAACAGAAUUCACAUUAUCAUCAGCCAGCUCAAUCUCACAAAUCACUACAGCUGCUCGUAUUGAUUCAACUACACUGUCUCCAAAUCACACAACAAUGUACAAAGUAACCACAGCAGAUACAUUCACACCUUCUCCAAAUGAUACAACACAUUACAACAUAACUACAGCAGACAACAGGAGUCUACGCAACGGUACAUUUACGACAAGUAAUGCAACAGUUAGCACAUUUACACCUUCUCCCAAUCACAUAACUGAGUACAAAGUAACUACAGCUGGCAGCUACACAAAACAACACAACAGUACAAUUACAUCAACCAACACAACAGUUAGCACUUUCACACCAUCUCCAAACCACACAGCAGUAAUCAAUGUAGCUACAGUUACCAAAGAUUACACAACAGAGUACAACGGAACUACCGCAGACAACAACAGGAACCGACGCAAUGCUACAACUACAACCGCUAAUACAACAAUGAGCACAUUUACACCUUCUCCCAGUCAUGCAGCAGUUUAUGAUCUGACCACAGUCUCUAACAGUUACACAACAGCAGAGAAUGUGAUCACUACAACUGUAUCUCCAACAACAGCCACAGAUAAUGUAACCACUUCACCCGUCAGAGAAACGCAGCAGAGCACGACUGUUCCUUAUAAAACGACAAAGUCUGAUGGACAAACUCUUAAUGCAACCACAUCCACGACAAACUCAACUGUGGACGCCACUGAAGCCACUGUCGCUCCGCAAACAGGGAGAGUGACUCACAGCAUCACAGCAACCAACGAAAAUGACACUAACUCCACCACAGCCGCCACUGGGGUCAGUCCCGUUAUUCUCCACAAUCAAACUGCGGGAAUCAGCGUCAACUCGAGUUCGACUGCUCCCGUUAACCUGACGACCAGAGGAUCAGAAGUCAGUUUAACAACCGGAGCAGCUGCAACUUCGACCACACGUCCACCUCCGGUCCAGAUUAGCACCACUACUGCAGAGGUUUCCCUGACGUCUUCUACAACCUCCACCUUCACCACCACAACCACAACAAACCCUGGAAGUGGAACUUCCUCCACAACCGUCACAGAGACGACGAAAAGCCAGGAGGCACAGGAGGAACUAGCAAACCAGCUGCUGAAUCAAACACAGGACGCGUCUCAGCUCAACUCCUCUCAGGUGGAGCAGGUGGCGCAGCAGUUAGAGAAGCUUCUGGACGGCCCCACUGUGUCUCAGGCAGUGGGACAGAGGGCCAUCGGCAUCAUCAGCAACCUGAUGGAGGGCGACUCACAGGCCCUCUCUGCAUCUGCCAACAGGCUCAUUCGGGUGGUGGAUGAUCUGGGGCUUAAGCUGGUCGUCGCUGGUGACAGAGAGGUCGUCUCUUCUAAUUCGCUGGUUCUGGCAGUGAGGACAGUUGACGGGACCAACUUUUCAGAGACAUCUGUUGACAUUUUCAACACUGAUAACGUCCAGCUCCGUGCCCUCAGCAGAUCCUGGUUCAAGAGGUCAGGGCCUGCUCUGGGGUCUGUAUUCUUGCCCUCUUCCCUCACCUCGUGUCUCAGUCCUGAGCAGCAACAGCAGGCCAGCAGGGUCCAGUUCACCUUCUACACCAAAUCCACCCUCUUCCAGGAUGCGACGCUAGAUAACCGAACCCUGGUCAGUCCAGUCCUGGGAUCCAGUGUGGCCAAUCUGUCAAUAAGCAACCUGUCUGAGAACAUUCAGUUCACCAUCCGGAACAUCAACCCCAUACAUGCAAAUAACACCUCCUGUGCAUUCUGGGACUUCACUCUAAACGGUGGGGGAGGAGGGUGGAGUUCUGCAGGCUGCUUUCUCGUCAACGCCACGCCGGAAGACACAACCUGCAGCUGCAACCAUCUCACAUCCUUCGCAAUACUGCUGGAUCUGUCCAGAGAGGAAUUAAAUGACCAUCAGCAGGCACAGAUCCUGACUUUCAUCACCUACAUCGGCUGUGGAAUCUCCGCCAUUUUUCUCGCUGUCACCUUACUGACAUAUCUUUCAUUUGAAAAGCUGCUCCGAGACAUUCCUGCCAAGAUCCUGGUUCAGCUCUGCAUGUCCCUGCUCCUCCUCAACCUGGUCUUCUUGCUGGAUGGCUGGCUGGCGCUCUACCCGGCGGUCGGUCUGUGCAUUAGCACCGCCUUCUUCCUGCACUACUUCCUGCUGACAUCAUUCACCUGGGCGGGGCUCGAGGCCCUACACAUGUACCUGAGCGUCAUCCAGGUGUUCACGCCCUACCUCAGCAGAUACAUGCUGAGGUUCUCACUGAUGGGCUGGGGAAUUCCUCUUAUUGUGGUGAUUGUUGUAAUAUCAGUGGACAAAGACAACUAUGGUCUGGUCACAUAUGGAAAAUACACAGACGGCUCUUCAGAUGACUUCUGUUGGCUGCGUAACGACAUCGCCUUCUAUGUGGGCGUGGUGGCGUACUUCAUCCUGAUCUUUGCUCUGUGCCUGCUGGUCUUCAUCAUGGUUAUGGUCCAGCUGGCCCGGAUCAAGAAGCAGAACCCCCAGAACCAGUCUCCCAACAGGGGAGUGCUGACAGAUCUGCGCAGUAUCGUCGGCCUCAUCAUCCUCCUCGGCCUCACCUGGGGGUUCGCCCUGUUCGCCUGGGGGCCCCUCUACCUACCCUUCAUUUACCUUUUCUCUAUAUUCAACACUCUGCAAGGUUUCCUCAUCUUUGUUUUCCACUGUGCUGUAAAGGAGAACGUCCGCCGGCAGUGGAGAACGUAUCUUUGCUGUGGGAGACUGCGAUUGGCUGAAAACUCAGAUUGGAGUCGGACGGCCACCCACAACAACAGGAAUAUGUCGGUAGCCACGGCAACCACAUCAGCACCACAAUUCACCUCUCGAAGCUCGUCCGUCAUCAGCGAUGGCACCAACAGCAGUGGCUCUGUGUUUGCGGACAGCGGAAUAUCUGACGGCUCCAACAGCGACGUCGUCCUCAACGAGAUUCACAGACGAAAUCUGUUGCUGUGAGACGAGGCCUGACGACCGGGUCAAGUGUUCAUUUGUUCAGUUUAUAAAGAUGAUUUUUUUAUUUGGCUGGAGAGAAACAGAGGGGGUGACACGCAGCGAAGGGCCACUCAUCAGCUGAGCUACUGUCAAGAGUUCAUUUGUGAGCACAAUGAUCAGUCAGGAACAGUGAGAGAUUAGUGAUUACCUGCAGUGAGUGAACAUGAGUAGAUGCUUACAAGAUGAGACGGCUGAAAAGUGAAACUGAAAAACCUUUAUCGAGGACGAUUAUUGGACUGAAGUGUGACUUGAUAGCUUUUCUACAUUGACAGAAUAUAUGAACACAGAAGGGACUUGUGUGUACAGGAAGUAAAAUUCUGACUGAAAACGGAAAUAUUUCACUGUUACAGCUGCGACUCAGUGUUUGUACAGACUGUACAGCUUGUUUCAAAGCUCUUAGAAUCGAUAUUAUAUAUGAUGAGAAAUGCUUUGAUGCGUUAUAGAUACAAAAUCAGUAGCCAAGAGUAGACACUGUCAAUGCUGUGUUUCUUUAGUUCACAAACAUACGUGAAGGUAUUUCUACUGUGUUUACAAUGAUCCACUGACCAUUUCCUCUAUAUUUUUACUAAAGAGUCUCCUCCUCUCAUUUAGGGAGAAUCAAAAGGCAUUCUGGGAAGGGAUUCUCUUCCUUUAGUAGAAACAAAGUGUACUGAAGGAAAAAUAUCAACUGCUCAAUCUUAAUCCUAAAGGGUAGAUCUUAUUUAUUACAAAUUUAUUAGAUCUCUCUGUAUUAGAAGUAUUUGAGGUUGCACUCCUCCUUUAUUGUGAGAUAUUGCUUUAUUUUGCUGCAGUACAGUGUUGAUGUUAGACUCAGCACCCUUAGUUUGUUCACUGUAUAUUCAGUCUUUUUUAAGCAUUAAAGAUGCUAAGUAUGGUC